UUGCUUCACUGUUGGAUUGCAGUAAUCGAUAGCAGGGGUCUUCUGUCGCGACAGAAUGUGUGUCAUGGUACCAGUUGUGAGUGAGUAGAGUGGGCGGACACAUAGGGACUCUCCUGCGGUAACAUUGUUGUGGAACGACGUCACAGCUCGAAAAUGAAGGCGCAGAGGCAGCCAUUACUGGAGCUUCUCUAAUUAUUUUAUUUCAAAUAAAUUCUCAAGGAACCUCCCCAUGGCAAGAGCUACGAGUCAUAUGUAUGAUGUUGUGCCCAUUCAGCCCAGCGUUGUCAUUUGUUCCUGCUCGCAUCCAUCAAUGGUAAGAAACCACCCUGACUCCUGCUCGCCACUUGCUAUCCCAGGCGCAAGCAGUAGCCACUGUCCCAGUCCCAGUGUGGAGGGCUCAUCGUCAGAAGCCCGUGCUGCAGGAAUGUCUGCCAGCCAGCAGGGCUCAGACCUUCACACACAGCCGGCCACUCAGGUGGUUCAGCCUCGCAAAAAGAAGCCAGAGGACUUUAGAUUUGGCAAGAUCCUGGGAGAAGGCUCUUUCUCGACGGUUGUCCUGGCCAGAGAGCAGGUGACGGGAAAAGAAUAUGCAAUUAAAAUUUUAGAGAAGCGACAUAUUAUAAAGGAGAACAAAUCACAGUAUGUGAAAAGAGAAAGGGAUCUGAUGUCAAACCUGGACCACCCAUUCUUCGUCAAACUCUACUUCACUUUUCAAGACGAUGAGAAGUUGUAUUUUGGACUGAGUUACGCCAAAAACGGAGAACUCCUGAAAUACAUACGAAAAAUUGGUUCAUUUGAUGAGACCUGCACUAGAUUCUACUCAGCUGAAAUAGUUUGUGCUCUAGAAUACUUGCACAAUAAAGGGAUUAUACAUAGAGAUCUAAAACCAGAGAAUAUUCUUUUGAGUGAAGACAUGCACAUUCAGAUAACAGAUUUUGGGACAGCAAAACAGUUAUCAUCAGAGAGUAAGCAAGCGAGAGCAAACUCGUUUGUGGGAACAGCACAAUAUGUGUCGCCAGAGUUGCUAACAGAGAAAUCUGCUUGCAAGAGCUCCGACCUCUGGGCCCUGGGAUGUAUUAUCUAUCAGCUGGUGGCUGGCUUACCACCAUUCAGAGCUGGAAAUGAAUACCUGAUAUUCCAAAAGAUAAUAAAGCUGGAGUAUGAGUUCCCUGAAAAGUUCUUUCCCAGAGCCAAGGAUCUUGUCCAACAGCUUUUGUCACUGGACCCAUCGAAACGUAUUGGGUGUGAAGAAAUGGGUGGGUAUGACCCACUAAAGCAGCACCCUUUCUUUGACACUAUUUCCUGGGAUGAUCUCCACCUACAAACACCCCCCAAGCUCACCCCUUACCUGCCGGCCAUGUCUGAGGAUGAUGAAGACUGCUAUGGAAACUAUGACGACCUCUUGAGCCAGUUCAGCAACAUGCAGGUGGCCCAGUCCAGUUCAUCACACUCCCUGUCACCGCAUGAAUCCACGCCACCUCAGAGGUCCAGUAGCAACAUCGAACAGUAUAUCCAUGACCUGGACAACAACUCUUUUGAGCUGGACCUGCAGUUCACUGACGAAGAGAAGCGGCUGCUGCUGGACAAACAAACCACUGGAAAUCCCUGGCAUCAGUUUGUUGAAAACAACUUGAUUCUGAAAAUGGGUCCAGUGGACAAACGAAAGGGUUUGUUUGCACGACGGAGACAGCUGCUUCUCACUGAAGGACCACACCUGUACUAUGUGGAUCCUGUCAACAAGGUCCUGAAAGGAGAGAUUCCAUGGUCUCUGGAGCUACGCCCUGAGGCCAAAAACUUCAAAACCUUCUUUGUUCACACGCCUAACCGAACAUACUAUUUAAUGGAUCCGAGCGGAAAUGCUGACAGAUGGUGUAAGAAGAUCCAGGAAGUGUGGCGAAAGAUCUAUCAAAGGCACCAAAACCCUGGCCUAUAGGAAGACCGGUCCUCCUGUGGCCACUCCUCUUUAGCUCCGAGGCCAAUCACUGAGCAGAGUCACACCCUCUUUAGUGCCCUUCAUCAUUGGAGUCUCAACAAAUUUUUACAGCUGCUGGCAUCUUGUUUGUUUGCCUGUGUAGAAUCAUGGGGAAAAUACAACUUUGGAUUCAGGUUUGCUUUGCUUGUUCUUUGUGCACUCUGAGACUUUCACCGCAGUUUUCCUGUGAACAGAUGACAAGGCUACUCAACGUGCAUCAGCUUUUUUUGAACAUUCUGAGGUAGAAAAAAAUGUGCUUAGAACAACGCGACCAGACUCUCCAACGCACAAGAAGGAUCUUCUGCUUCGAUGAUACAUACCACACAAAGUAGCCUGUAAACCAGAUCCUCCCAUACCACACAUCUUUAUGUGCAAACUGUCUGUUGGCAGUCCUUGUCUUGUGCAUAUAUUUUAUUGUUGUAGAAGAUGCUGCAAGAAGAUUCACUACUUCCUUGUUUUGUGUCAGAUCCCCAAUAUUAUGAGAGUAAUUGAGCUGUUACCUCUGUCUCAUGCAUAUUUCUGUCCAGUUGAUGUCUGGAUGGAAAAAAAACAGUGCUCUCCUACAACAAUGUGUAUGUCUGCUUUAGUUUUUGUGCAAGUGUGAGUCUUCCAUAACCGUUAACUGAGGAUGUUGCCUACAGGAGGCGGGUUAACAAGCCACUAACUCAUACUUCAUCAUCAUAACUAGCUUAUCUCUCCUGCAUGGCCAAUUCCGUAGCUCAGCCUCUUUCGCCAUCCUCUCCCAGGGCACAGGGGAUACAUAAUUUAUACCGAUUUAAAGGUGGGUAAUUUUUAGCUGCGAUGGUCAUAGUGACUAUUACCUGAUGAUCUGGCUGCUCUGUAUCAUUCACUUGCUACUUCUUUGUGGUGUGAAUACUUUGCUAGUUGGCAAACUGGGCUCACCUUCAACUUCUCCUGUCCCAGAGAAAGCGUAAUCCUAUGUGCUGAACAAACCUAUGCUGAACAGAAAACCACAGACGAAUACCGAUGCUAUGGUUCUUUGACUCAAUCAUAGUAAUGCCUUUCACCCUGGACAUCAUGGCAAGAUCUUAUCCAACACACUUCUUCAUAUCGCCACGUCACUCAGCUGUUUGACCCAAUAGAAAUUUAAUGAGUUUUUGACGUGUGUUCAUGUUUUAGCAAUAUGUUUUAUCAUACUGCUUUUCAUUUUGAAAUUUUUAUUUUUUUACCCGAUGGUCCUGUUCGACAAGGUCCUUCUUCUUCAGUGUUUGUCUGGAGUUAAGACGAACAGGAUCGUGGGCCAAGUGCUCAGUGUUGGAUGUUACAGAUUUAUCUAUCAAAUCCAAAUUUCCAGAGAAAUUGCUGUAUCUGUCUAUUAAGUUGAGGGAACACUCCAUCAGUGUUUCCUCCCAUUUGAGAAAUCGUCGAAUCAAAUUGAGGGCAGUUGGUUACAUUGUGCGAGCUCUACCUUGCUUGUAACUGACUAGAACUGUGAUGUACAGAUGAUGUAUUAUUAAAAUCUGAAAUAAGUAAUGCAAUGAUCUUAGGAUACAGUUUUGUAUUUUUAUUCUUGUAUAAUGUUAUUUGAUGGCUAUUGUUUAGCCCUCUAGCUCAUUCUGUUAUUUAAAUUCUAAUAUAUGAAUCAUAUUUGGAUUGAAGUCAUGUUCAGGGGCCAUGUUGUGUAUGUAUUGAGAUGUAAAGCCUUUGAAUGUGAAUAAUUAUUGUAAACUAUAAUAUUUUACAGCUUUUUUUCUUACUAUAUCAUGCAUUUUCUAUUUGCUCAGUGAUUUAAUCAUAUUCUGAUAAUUUAAUGAUUCUGUUCAUUCUCUCUGAUUAUUUGUGUGCUCGGUCAGUAGAUGUUGAAUGAUGAAUUUUCCACUUAAUGCUUGGUAGUCCAGUAAUUAAAGCAUGUAGGGAAUUAAGGCAUACAAAUAAAGCCAUGUGUCCUGUCUUCUGUUGACAAACCCAUGUUUGGUCAUGAGUUGACAAUGCAGCAGCAUUCAGUGGCAAUGGCAUCUCACAUUUUGCAGCAUGUAAAUAAAGAACUGAACUGGCCCAUUA